AUGGAGAAGAAAACAUCUCUCCGUUCUGUUGCUUUCGUAGCCGUUGUUUUUUCAACAGUUGCACUGACAGCAUGCAUUUUUACCUUUCCCAUGGUAUUUCACUAUAUUCAAACGCUACAAGCCACAGUACAGGGAGAAAUCGAAUACUGCAAAACUCGGUCUCGAGAUAUGUGGCGAGAAAUGAUUGAUAUGUCACCGGAAGAGGCAGACGACGGUCUUAACAUCAUCUUGCGUACAACACGUCAGGCAGAAGCUAUGUGUUGUACAUGUCAACAAGGUCCGCCAGGACCUGAUGGAGCACCCGGAAUUCCUGGAAAAGAU